UGUGUGUGUAAAUACACGCAUCGCCUCAUGAGUUGUGUAGUUCACACACCUGAGCAUUAGCAGUAAAAGAGAUGUUUUAACAGGUUUGCUUGUAUUCACUCAUAGCAUCAUCUGGAAGGUUUCUUUCUUAAAAUACAGGUAGUUCUUGAGCUACAACAGUUCAUUUAGCGACCCUUCAAAGUUACAACAGCAGUGAAAAUUUUUUAGAAUAGAAUAGAAUUUUUAGAAUAGAAUUUUUAUUGGCCAAGUGUGAUUGGACACACAAGGAAUUUGUCUUGGUGCAUAUGCUCUCAGUGUACAUAAAAGAAAAGAUACCUUCAUCAAGGUACAACAUUUACAACACAAUUGAUGGUCAGUAUAUCAAUAUAAAUCAUAAAGGUUGCCAGCAACAAAUUAUAGUCAUACAGUCAUAAGUGGAAAGAGAUUGGUGAUGGGAGCUAUGAAACGAUUAAUAGUAGUGCAGAUUCAGUAAAUAGUCUGACAGUGUUGAGGGAAUUAUUUGUUUAGCAGAGUGAUGGCCUUCGGGAAAAAACUGAUCUUGUGUCUAGUUGUUCUGGUGUGCAGUGCUCUAUAGCGUCGUUUUGAGGGUAGGAGUUGAAACAGUUGAUGUCCAGGAUGCGAGGGAUCUGCAAAUAUUUUCACGGCCCUCUUCUUGAUUCGUGCAGUAUACAGGUCCUCAAUGGAAGGCAGAUUGGUAGGUUGGUACUACUGGUACUACCGGUUACAGGUUGGUUUACUACCGGUUCUGUGGGUGUGACUUGGUGGGUGUGGCAUGGCUUGGUGGGCGUGGCAGGGGAAGGAUACUGUAAAAUCUCCAUUCCCACCCAGGGGAAGGUUAUUGCAAAAUCCCCAUUUCCUCCCGAUCAGCUGGGACUCGGGAGGCAGAGACUAGAUGAGGGUGGGUCCAGUCAGAAUUUUUACUACCGGUUCUCUAAACUACUCAAAAUGUCCGCUACCGGGUCUCCAGAACUGGUCAGAACCUGCUGAAACCCACCUCUGUUUACGACGGUUUUUCACACGUACGACCGUUGCAGCCAUCGCCAAGGUCACGUGAUGAAAAUUGAGACCCUUGGCAACUGACUCCAAUUAAUGACGGUUGCAACAUUCCAAGGGGGUGUGUGCACACGAUCCCCUUCUGCGACCUGCUGACAAGCCAAGUCGAUGGGGAAGCCAGAUUUACUUAACAACUGGGUGACUAACUUAACAAUGACAGUGAUUCACUUAACAACUGUAGCAAGAAAGGUCGUAAAAUGGGGCAAACCCCACUUAACAAAUGUCUCACUUAGCAACAGACAUUUUGGGCUCAGUUGUGGUUGCAAACCAAGGACUAUCUGUAAUAUGGUUGUUGAGUUAAUCUGGUUUCCCCACUGAUUUUGCCGGUCAGAAGGUCACAAAAGAUGAUCCCCGGGACACUGCGACCGUCGUAAGUAUGAGUCAGUUGCCAAGCAUCUCAAUUUUGAUCACAUGACCAGGGAGAUGCUGCAGCGGUCGCAAGUGUGAAAAAAGGUCAUAAGUCAACUUUGUUCAGUGCCGUUGUGACUUGGAACGGGCACUAAAUGAACUGUUGUACGCCAAAGACUCCCUGUAUAUUAUUAUAAUCAAGGAGAGAACCGACUGGAAAUAAAGAGAAAUUUCCUGACAAUGAGAUCAAUUAACCAGUGGAACUACUUGCCUCCAGAAGUUGUGGGUGCUUCAUCACUGGUGGCUUUUAAGAAAAGAUUGCACAUGAAAUUAUAUAUAUAUAUAUGUCUUUGGUUAUUCGGGUUUUCUCCCGCGUAAAAUUGGAAGUGUCUUGGCAACGUUUCGACGAAGUCUCAUUCGUCAUCUUCAGGCUUCAGCUUCGUGCUUCUGGGAGCAAUGUGUGAUUGCAGCUGUUUCUUCCUUUUUAUAUAUAUAUAGGGUUUCCUGCUUGAGCAGGAGGCUGUUUUAUUUUAUUUAUUUAUUUUCGUCAAGCAUGUAUUUUAUGACAGAUACAAGUAUAAACAUAAUUAUAAAGACAUGUAAAAAAUACAAAUAAAAGAAAAUAUUAGGACAGGGACGGUAGGCACGCUGGUACGCUUAUGCAUGCCCCUUACAGACCUCUUAGGAAUGGGGUGAGGUCAACAGAUCUAAAGUAAAAGUUUUGGGGAUUUGGUUGGGUUAGAAGAUCUCUUAAUAGAAUAGAAUAGAAUUUAUUGGCCAAGUGUGAUUGGACACACAAGGAAUUUGUCUUGGUGCAUAUGCUCUCAGUGUACAUAAAAGAAAAGAUACCUUCAUCAAGGUACAACACUUAAUGAUGGUCAUAGACUAGACUAGACUAGACUAGACUAGACUAGACUAGACUAGAAUAGAAUAGAAUUUUUUUAUUGGCCAAGUGUGAUUGGACACACAAGGAAUUUGUCUUGGUGCAGAUGCUCUCAGUGUACAUAAAAGAAAAGAUACCUUCAUCAAGGUACAUUUACAACACAAAUGAUGGUCAUAGGGUACAAAUUUAACACUUAAUGAUACAACACUUAAUGAUAGUUAUAGGCUACAAAUAAGCAACCAGGAACAAUCAAUAUCAAUAUAAAUCAUAAGGAUUGCCAGCAACAAAGUUACAGUCAUACAGUCAUAAGUGGAAAGAGAUUGGUGAUGGGAACUAUGAAACGAUUAAUAGUAGUGCAGAUUCAGUAAAUAGUCUGACAGUGUUGAGGGAAUUAUUUGUUUAGCAGAGUGAUGGCCUUCGGGAAAAAACUGUUCUUGUGUCUAGUUGUUCUGGUGUGCAGUGCUCUAUAGCGUCGUUUUGAGGGUAGGAGUUGAAACAGUUCAUGUCCAGGAUGCGAAGGGUCUGUAAAUAUUAAGGCGCCUUCCAACCCUGUUAUUCUGUCCAGGGGAUCGCCGAGUGGUCUCCCAUCCAAUGCAAAGUAGCCAUGGCCAAAACUCUGGCAAAUAUCCCAAAGAAAUUGGAUUUCGGGAAGGGGCUUGGAAGCAACCCUUUCCCAAUCUUUUGCAGCAGCCUUUGCAACCCAGGAUUUUUGUCCCCCUGCCCUAAAAAGCUUGCAAAUGCAAAACCCCCCCACCCCAUCCCCAAAGCAACGCCCCUCCUUAUCCAAAAGAGAGGGAGACCUGGAGGUGGGGGUCGAUUGCUCCAGAAAAACAACUCCCCCCCCGCACCCCGACCCGAAACGGGGCUCCCGCUGCAGCUCUGCAGCUUCCCAGGAGAGCAGCGAGAAGCGCAUUUGCCCGGGGAUCGCGCGAGACUACAACUCCCGUCAUGCCCCGGGCGGGCAUCAGCAUCAGCGGCGGCGGUAGCCAUAGCAACGGGAGAAGCCCGGGCAAAGCAGGCCGCGAUGGGCCAGGAUUACUACGCGGUGCUGGAGUUGAACCGCAACGCCAAAGAUGCGGACAUCAAGAAGGCAUAUCGGAAGCUGGCUCUGAAGUACCACCCGUUAAAGAACCAAGAUCCCUGGGCUCCUGGGAAAUUCAAGCAGCUGGCCGAAGCCUACGAUGUCCUGAGCGACCCGGUGAAGAAAGCCGUGUACGAUAAGUUUGCAGAGGAGGGUUUGAAGGGAGGAAUCCCCCUGGAGUUUGGCAUCGACACCCCCUGGACGGAGGGCUACGUCUUCCAUGGAAACCCUGAGAAAGUCUACCGGCAGUUCUUCGGAGGAGACAACCCCUUCGCGGAAUUCUACACCGGUGAAGGGGCAGAGGUCAACAUGGCUUUCGGGGGUCUCCGGGGCCGUGGGGUGAAGAAGCAGGACCUCCCCAUAGAGAGGGAUCUCUACCUCUCCCUUGAAGACCUGUUUUUCGGGUGCACCAAGAAAAUAAAGAUCUCACGGAGGGUGAUGAAUGAAGAUGGCCACGCGUCCACCAUUAAAGACAAGAUCCUAACGAUUGACGUUCAACCUGGUUGGAAGCCCGGAACUAAGAUCACGUUCAAAGAGGAAGGAGACCAGGGGCCCAACCUUAUCCCAGCAGAUAUUAUCUUCAUUGUGAAGGAGAAACUCCACCCCAGGUUUAAAAGGGAAGAUGAUAAUCUGAUCUACGUGGCCAGCAUCCCGCUCGGAAAGGCCCUAAUUGGCUGCACGGUGGACGUGAGAACGCUGGAUGAACGGUUGUUGAACAUCCCCAUCAAUGAUAUUGUCCACCCAAAGUACUUCAAAGUGGUCCCCGGCGAGGGGAUGCCCCUUCCCCAAGACCCCACCUCCAAGGGGGACCUCUUCAUGUACUUCGAUAUCGUCUUCCCGGCCAGGCUGACCCCGGCCAAGAAGGCGCUCGUGAGAGAAGCCCUCCUCAUGUGAAGCACAUCACCCCAGCCGCUCUUCCCCCCACCUCAUUUUUGGAAAUAAAUGAAAACCUUUUCCAUGGA